UUGCGCGUGAUGUGGGGCGGCCAGUCGCACCUGAGUGCCGAGGGGCGGGACCUCGGGCUCAGGUGCUGCCUUUCUCCAUCCUUCUCAUUUUAGCUUCCUUGGUCCGGAGACUCAGGGGGAACGUCUUCAAGGAAGCACCAUGAAAGAUGCUGAUAUCAAGAGACUGUUUUAUGUUCACAUUUUCUGUAUAAUUUCCAUUGUUCUGACUACCUUCAUUCCAUCUUUCUUCUUGGAGGAUUUCUCAGUCUUGGAAACACACUUGACAUGGUUAUGUAUCUGUUCUAUUUGUGUAGCCAUUAUCAAUGUAGUAUUAUAUUUACAAGUAAAACCAAAUCCAUCUUCUAAGAGAAGCUCAAUUUUUCAUAAGAUAUCCAGACUUCUGAAAUCUUGUGUCUACUUUUUUAUAUCUUGCCUACUCUUUCAUGCAAUUAUUGUUCUAUAUGGAGCACCAUUGAUAGAGUUGAUGCUGGAAACAUUUUUAUUUGCUGUUAUUUUGUCAACUUUUACCACAUUACCUUGUCUGUGUUUAUUAGGACCAAACAUUAAAGCAUGGCUACGAGUUUUCACUAAAAAUGGAGCUUCAUCUAUUUGGGAUAAUAGUCUUCAGAUCACCACAAUGUCCAGUGUGAUAGGAGCAUGGCUUGGAGCAUUUCCUAUUCCAUUGGAUUGGGAGAGGCCUUGGCAGAAAGAAGAAUCACGAACAGUGGAUGGAAGCUACAAAGAGACAAAUGUACUUGUUGUCAGGAAAAACUUCCUAAUGCUGCCUGGAGAGGUCUGGCCCAUCUCCUGUACGCUGGGAGCCACCUUUGGGUACAUGGCUGGUCUUCUCAUCUCCCCUGUAUGGAUUUACAGGAACAGGAAGCAGCUCACAUACAAGAGCAGAUAAGUGGAGCAAAAAGAGAAGGUGUUUCUUUGUGCAGAUUCCAUAAAGACUGUGCAGAAAUUUAUGUGGUCAAAGCAGAAGAUUCAAACCUUCUGAAGUAUUACUACAGAGCCAAGCAAUUCCAUUUACAGCAU